AUGGGGUUUGGUAUCUUCUUUGUCUCCCUUCUCUUGAGCACCACCGCUCUCUCCGCUGAGGUGUCUCCCGAUGCUCUGGGAGACCGGAAGCCAUUCUCGCCGCCGAGUCGGAGAUUCGCCGUCCAAUUCUCAUCUUCCGGUUCUGCCAAGUUCAGGAAGCGUGAUGGCUCUCCGGACACGGAAGGGUUCUUCCAAAGCCUUCAACUUACGAACAACACGGCUAAGCCCGCACUGAACUUCACUUCGGAUGUUUUCCAUGGAGCCUCUUUCGACUUGCUCAACCACACUGCGAGCUCUCUGCAGCAGAUCGAGAGCCUCCCCGAGGUCGAGAAGCUCUGGCCGGUGUCUGCCGUCUACGCCCUCAAGCCUAACGCGUCGGAUAUCAUGUCUGAUCCAGUAGCCAAGUGGGACCCUCACACGCUUACCGGCGUCGACAAGGUGCACAAGCUUGGGCACUCCGGUGAAGGGGUUGUUGUUGCGAUCGUCGAUACCGGCAUUGACUACAGGCAUCCGAACUUGGGCGGUGGCUUCGGCGCCGGCUUCAAGGUGGAGGGCGGUUACGACCUCGUUGGAGAUGGUUACGAGAUUGGUGGCGAGUAUGUGCCUGACGAUGACCCAAUGGACUGCGCAGGCCACGGGACGCAUGUUGCUGGCAUCGUGGCCAGUUCUCAUGCUGACUUACCUGGCGUGGCGCCCGAUGCGCGCUUAAGGAUUUACAAGGUAUUUGGGUGUGGCGGGAGUAGCAUGGAAGAUGUCAUUGCCCAGGGCUUCAUCAAAGCUCACGAGGAUGGUGCCGAUAUCAUUUCGGCUUCCUUGGGAUCAAAUGCUGGGUUCCCGGAGAACAUCCUCGCAGUUGUCGCCUCUAACAUCCAAGCAAAGGGGGUUUUUGUGACUGUGGCCGCCGGCAACAGCGGAGAGAUGGGUCCUUUCUAUACCAGCAGCGCCGCCAACGGCUUCGAUGUUACCGCUGUCGGUAGCGUUGAACAUACCCAGACUUCAGCUUUCACCGUCACUGCGAGAUCAAGCAGCAACGAAACUCGCAAAAUUCUCUAUGUCAGCUCCGACACCGCCCAAUGGGUACGAAAUGGAAGCUUCCCGGCCCACUUCCUCGAUCAGAACUACACAGGUCUCGAUUCCUGCGACGUAUGGGAGUUUCCCGAUGUGUCUUCGGAGAGCGUCUUGAUUCUGCCACGCAGCACCUGUAUUUGCGAAUGCUGGCAAGUCCUUGACUCCAAUCUUUUCGGUACCGACGUGAAGUGGGUGUUCUAUUACAACUUCGAAGGCGCUGCCUGGGAGAUUCCUAACCGUGGGGUUUACAAUCCCGAGAACCAACCUCUUGGAUUUGGCCUCAUAAGUUAUGAGGACGGUCAAUGGCUUGUCAAGCAGAAGGAACUGGGUCGCAAGGUCGACUUCGAGUUCGUGGCUGAUGGAGGCAAGGCCAUCGGCAUUCCCGGCGUGAACUCCGAAUCCAUUGCCGGAGCCAUCGAUUUCUUCUCGUCCUGGGGCCUGACUGUUGAUGGACGUCUCAAGCCGGAGAUCUCAGCACCCGGUGGAUCUAUCCUUUCCACGUAUCUUACAGCUGAUGGUGGCUGGGCUGUUCUGUCUGGAACAAGCAUGGCUACUCCUUAUAUUGCCGGUGUUGCUGCUCUGUACUUCUCUGCCAAUGGUGGCCGUUCCAACAUCGCCAAUGCCGGCACCACGGCUCACCAUCUCAUCACUUCAAGUGGCAACCCUGUUGCCCAUCACGACGGAAGCGGCUCCCUAGCACCAAUCCCAAUGCAGGGCGCAGGUCUUGUGGACGCCUUCAAGGUUCUUACCUACAAGACAACUAUCACGCCUGCAGUCCUCAACCUCAACGACACGGAUCAUUUCCAAGGCACUCACGAGAUCAAGAUCGAGAAUAAGGGGACCGAGGCUGUCACAUACCACAUCGCUCAUCAGGCCGGUUCCACUGUGAUUACCAAGCCCGAUGCCGACCCUGUUGUAGCGUUUCCUCCCGUGCCGUAUUCUUCGAAGGAAGAUGAGUUGGCGACGGUCACGUUCUCGACGACCUCUCUUGAGGUCGCCGCUGGAGCUACGGGAACAAUCACCGUCACGUUUGUUGAGCCUGCCGGAAUCGAUGCUAAGCUAUUCCCCGUCUACGGUGGAUGGGUGAACAUCAUUGGAUCGAAUGAUGAGACCCUUCGCGUCACCUAUGCAGGAAUCAAAGGCAGCGUGUAUGGUAGCAACAUCUGGGCCGACGACUGGAUCGACCCCGUUGUUCAGACGCCCGACUUUGUUCUUGUCAGGGAGAACGACACAUUCAAGAUGACCAUAGAGGAUACGUUCACGAUCGACUUCGAUAUUAUGUGGCCCACACGGGAAUUCUCCUUCGACCUCGUCGACCCAACUUGGGAACAGAGUGAUUGGUCCUAUCCCUUCGUCCCUGGUCAGAACAAGUACAUCGGCUCGCUGCAGCACUACAAUCUUAUCUCCGACGCGUACUUCGACGCACCUGUUCAGCAAUAUCCCCGUCUUCCUUCCAGCACGUGGUGGCCCAGCGGCAACUACUCGCAUGGCGGAGCGAUCGAGAGUGGAGAAUACAAGAUUCUCUCGAGGGCACUGAGGACGUAUGGCGAUUAUCAUAACGUCAGCGAUUGGCAAAUCAGGGUGUCGCCGAAGAUCAUCGUAGACAAGAACAAGGCUUAG